AUGAUUAAUGGUGCUUCUCCUGAGACUUUGGGUCUUGCAACUCCCAGUGGGUGGUCCAAUGGUGAUAAAUUUGAGGAUUUUUUGAACCAUUUCAUUAAACAUGUUAGACCUAAUAAUUAUAAUAAAGUGCUCCUGAUAUUGGACAAUCACGAGAGUCAUAUUUCGAUUAAAAUCAUAGAAUUGGCCAAGAAUAAUGGUAUAGUAAUGUUCACAUUUCCUCCUCACACCAGCCACAAGUUACAGCCUUUAGACAGAACCGUAUUUGGUCCACUCAAGAAAUAUUAUAACAAAGCUUGCAACGAUUGGCUUUUGCAACAUCCUGGAACUCCUCUCACUAUAUAUAAUGUCGCCGAAUGCUUUGGCACUGCUUUUCCAUUAGCUUUUACGCCAUCCAACAUUCAAAAUGGAUUUAAAGUUGCAAGAAUAUGGCCAUUUAAUGAUAAUAUUUUGGCGAAGAUGAGUUCCUGA